AUGCGGAAGGAGAAACUUGAUGAUGGGCACUUAAACAACUCCCUGGGUUCUCCAGUUCAAGCCGACGUGUACUUCCCACGACUGAUAGUUCCAUUUUGUGGGCACAUUAAGGGUGGCAUGCGACCAGGCAAGAAGGUGUUAGUGAUGGGCAUCGUAGACCUCAACCCAGAAAGCUUUGCCAUCAGCUUGACCUGCGGUGACUCGGAAGAUCCCCCUGCCGAUGUGGCAAUCGAACUCAAAGCUGUGUUCACAGACCGGCAGCUCCUCAGAAACUCGUGUAUCUCCGGAGAAAGGGGGGAAGAGCAGUCGGCAAUCCCGUACUUCCCAUUCAUCCCGGACCAGCCGUUCAGGGUGGAGAUUCUUUGCGAGCACCCACGUUUCAGAGUGUUUGUGGAUGGACACCAACUUUUUGAUUUUUACCAUCGUAUUCAAACAUUAUCUGCCAUUGAUACCAUAAAGAUCAAUGGGGACCUCCAGAUCACCAAGCUUGGCUGAUGGUUAAAGCGCUUCUAUUUCACAUCUGAUCAGGUGCCACAACUACAUGACUGUCUGAAAGAAGUAGUGUCCUAGCAAGAUCUGGAGACUCAAAAAGAAAACAAAAACAAAAGGCAGACUUCACUGUCUCUUUCUGUGCAGUUUAAGUCCAGAAUGACAACUUCAUCUGCGCUUUGCCCAGAGGAAGAAAGCUCACAAGAAAGAUGCCGAGCCGUUAUGCCGAGAACAAAGUAAUACAUUUAUGCUGGAUUUUACUCAGACUAAACUAAAAUGGAUUUGUGAUGAUUUGUGAUUUGGUAGCAAUUAUUCAUCAUUUCAGAGCAAGAUGAUAUUUAGAAACAAAAGUGCUAACGACCUUAAAAACAACAACGGUACAUCAAAUCGAUGCAUCUCUGCACUAAAGUGGACUUGCGUAGCACAACCAACAUUUUAGUCAGGGUAUUUACAUAGAAUGUAGAUUGUGCAAGGUUUGGUUUUGUAUGUUUUCUUGGGGGUUGUUUUGUUUUUGUUUUGUUUCGUUUUUUUAGGACAGCAUCAUGUUAACUCGGCUUUUUAAGCUUCCUCAGUUAUUUAUUUAUAAUCAGUGUAUGUAUCAAUGUAUUAGAGAAUGAGCAAUGUCUACAGAUUAUGAACUUAGGUCUGAGGGGGAAAUUAUGUAUUCCAAGCAUAAAACAAGUGGAUCUAUACCUUAAGGAAUUUGAGCAUAUUCUCCACUCCCCUCACCUUUGGCUUCUUAACAUAAAUUGCUGUAAGUGCUUUGGGAAAAUUUGCAACAUUGUCGAUGAUGUUGAUUUGCAACAUUGUCGAUGAUGUGGACUUCUGUUUGCAUUGCUUCUUCUCCUUCCUGUGGAUUAGCACAGUGUGGGCUUCCUUCCGUAAGGCUAACUACUCUCUAGACUCACAUGAUAGCUCGUUAAGUUGUUAUUAAAUUAAUGGAAAGCGUAUAGGAAGUGAUUGCAUAGACAACUUUUAAAAUAACGAUUAUAUCAGUUUUUAAUAGUG